AUGAUCAGUCACCCCGUUGUGUCGUCCCAUAUAUUGUGGGUACGAAGUGGACGCUUUUCUACGGUAGCACGACGCUUUUUGAGCACUCGACGGCGACGGCAACAAGUGAUAGUAGUCCGUCAUGGCGAGACGGCAUGGAACAAGGAAUUGCGAGUACAGGGAUCGACGGAUAUUCCCUUGAAUGCCAAGGGAUUGGCACAAGCCGAGGCGGUCGCAGAGGCACUCUCCAACGACAUUACAAGGAAAACAGCGGUCACCUUUUCGAGUCCCUUGGCACGAGCCAAGGAUACGGCGACCCUUCUUGCGUCGUCCGUCUCUACCAAUGAGGCACUGCGAGAAUGGAACUUGGGGGUCCUGGAAGGAUUGGAAAAGCAUCAAGCCAUGCAAGAGUAUCCCGAUGAUUGGAAGAUCUUUUCCCAAUGGGCCAAUCCUCAUGCGACAUUGCCGCUGGCCGACAUUACACUGACAAACGGAGAAAGUAUGGAACAAGUCCGAUGGAGAGUGGUGAAUUUUAUCAAUCGCAUUGUGGUACAACAGCAAGCAGCAGCAGACGACACAGACGCACCCGUCAUUGUUUGCGUCACGCAUGGAGGGGUUCUUGGACAGUUGCUACGGCAUGUCGUUGCCCAGGCGCAAGACGAGCACCAACAACACUACGCUAGACCAGGAAACGCUUGUAUAUCCAGAUUUGCACUGGAAAUUCUUCAAGAGGAAGAUGAAAACGAAUCACCACCAACCAUCCAAUGGAGCAUCGAAUCCUGGGCCGAUACGGCUCAUCUUCAAGGCGAAUUGGCACCCGUAUCCGCCGACUACGACGACGCAAAAUAA